AUGGAGAAACCAGAAUCUGGAGUUGAACAGAAGUCAGAACCAGAUGUUACUGAAAAGUCUGUGGGAAUGGGCAUUGACCUACAGAAGCUAACUGAGGAAAUUCAAGGAUUGGAGGUUAACCAAAAGCCUGUGCUUGGCUCAGUUGUGGAAACUGCAGGAAAGCAUACUGAGGUGGAGCCAAGAAGAGAGAUCAAUCAUAAACCUGUGGAGACAUGCCAGGACACUGCUGUGGAAACUAAAGGAGCCAGCCCGGAAGAAAAGGAGACUGGUAAUCCAGCAGGUGUUAUUUACCGCUGCAAGAAAUGUCGGAGGAUGGUGGCAACACAAGAAUAUGUCGUUACCCACAAAAUAGGUUCAGGUGAGAGUCAUUUCUUCAGGCGCAAAACGGAUGACAAGCAACCUGAAUGUACACCUGCCAUCUUUGUGGAACCUAUGAAGUGGAUGGAAGCUGUGGAAGAGGGAUAUGUUUCACAGAAGCUCUGGUGCAUGGAUUGCAAGACCCGGCUAGGAUCCUUCGAUUGGGCUGGUAUGCAAUGCAGCUGCGGAGCCUGGGUGAUUCCGGCUUUCCAGCUGCUCAGAAGCAGGAUUGAUGAAUGCCAGAUGUAA